AUGCAGGGCUCAAAUGUGGACAAUAUUGAUAAUGAGGUAACCCCGGACCUAAGUGAUCUCAAUGAAGGAGCAACGGCGCAAAUAGAUUCUGAAUCUUCACAUGUACCACCAUCACAAGAGACCGACCCUUUAGAACUACACAAGUUGGCAUUGAGUUACGACUACUUGAUGUUUAAAAUAAAGGACUACAUAAAGAUAUUGACCGAUCAGACAUAUACAUCCGUGCUUCUAAAACAAGAUCAGAUCAGCCAAGAUUACCUUGAGAGACAAUUGAAUCUACCGCAACAAUACGAGGAGAUUGACAAGUUGCUCAAAACUUGUACCGAUCUAGAACAGGAGUUUAUGAAGAUUGAUCAACUCGAGAUGUUUGUACACGAUUUCAAGCAAAGACUAGAUGCCAUUGAACGGGGGUUCGGUAAAAAGCCGUAA